GUUUUAUCGCGCUGUUCAGAGUAAUGAAAUUUAACAGAGAGAAUUACACUUAUAAGUCGAAUUGUCUUCAGUUUUAUUUUCUACUUUUAUAAGUGAAAAAGUUGCUAGAAAAAUUGAUUUCAUGGAGAAAGCUAAAGUCAUGUUCAACGAUACAGUGAAUUUAAUACAAGUAAACCCUGAAUUAUGUUCUAAACAAGACUUUAAAAUAUUAACCAGCCUAGUAGUUCCCAAAAUCACAUCAAAUAUUUCUGGCCACGUUAAAGUUGGUAAAAAAUGCGCUUUUGGAUCGUCUUGUGUAAAUGGUAAUAGUUUGAACGUUUUGACUUAUGAUGAUGACCAACUCAAACUGUUACACUCCGUUUCGUAUCCAUCAGUUGUUCGUAGAUGUAAGUGGAUUCCCGAUGUAAUAGCAAGUUUUCCAGAAUAUCUGCUGGUUGCUGGUGACGAUUUAUGCCUUUAUGAAAAAACUGAUUUUAAAUUAACGCUUCGAUGGAUAGCGCCAACGCGAAUAAUAGAUUGGAGUCCUGUGACGUUCUGCGAAUGGAAUUAUUGGAAUCCCAUGUAUAUAUCUACAGUACACUUUGAUGGCGAAUGCAAAAUAUGGUCAUUAGAAUCGGAGAAACUCUUAUUAAGAUUAAGAAAUGAUUUUAUGUUUAAAAAGAAGUCUUUAGUGAGAUAUGAAGGAGAACGUGUAAGGAUGUGUUUUUGUCAUGAUUCUUUGGAGAAGUGUUUCGUAGUAUAUAAUGAUCAUAGUGCACACUUGUACGAUAUGAGAAUGCCAAUCGCUAGAACCAAAAACAUAUUUACUGACGUUUUAAAAGCAGUAAAAUGUUCCUUUCUUAAUCCACAUUACAUAGCAUAUUUGUUUGGAAGAAAAGUUAGUAUAACCGAUUUAAGAAAUUCAAAGGCUGACGUUGUCACAUUUGGCUCUUUUAAUGAUGUUGAAACGGCUACUUGUUUCUCGUGGAGCCCUUUUGAAAAUGAAAUAGCAAUCGGCACAUCGUAUGGCCACUGUAUAUUUUGGAAACCUGAAAAAAACAACUUAUUCCAAACAUCUACCAACGAUAAUAUUAAAUAUAUAAGCAGAGUUGAAUAUGAUCAUUCAAAAAUUAGUAUGCUUUAUAUUAGCAGCUAAAUAUACCCUAUUUUCGUCGAAAUUUUUAAAACCUUUUGUUCAAAUUUUUAUUACAUGUUUAUAAAUCUAUCAAUAUAUAAAUCGUAAGGUAUAAAUGAUU